AUGACGAAUUCUGAAAACCAUGACCCUGACCGCGGCCCCGAUUGGAUGAGACAUGAGAAGGAGGAAUGGAUGAUGGCUGCUGGGAGGAAUCUGAAGAAGCUGCCACCACUAAUGCCUUGGUUGUCGCAGGAAGUGAAGGAGGAGCAUUAUUCUGGAGUUGCACCUCAUGCAAAAACAGCAUGGAGCGGGCUUCAACGAAUGUUGGAAGAGGGACUUUACAGACCGAGGGCUGGAUGGGAAGAAGGAGAAGGAGAGCCUGAAAGUGGAGGAUUGAUUUGUGCAGCAGCCAUGGUGGGAGUUGCAGUCGGAUGGCUAACAGUCGAAUUAGAAGAAUCCGCCAUAAUAGAACAAAGGUGGAAGCAGCAGAAACAGGUUGAACGUGAAGACAACAAGAAGACAACAAUAGGUUACUGCCCUACGAAGACAACAAGAAGCUGGAACGUGAAGGAGAUAAUGCCGGCGCUGAUGAAGAGGAAGGCGACGCGGCGGAGGAGGAAGAAAACAGGUUGA